AUGGCGCGCGCCGUUGGCGUGGCUGUCUGCAACGUCGUCGUCCUCACCCUCGCCGUGGCCCUGGCUGCCAAGCAGCCCAAGCACCCGGCACACGCGGACCAGCACGCUGUCGUGCAGGCCUGGGCGGAGAAGUUGGGGAAGGAGCUGGGGGAGUUCGCAAGCUCGGUGACGCGGAUCAGGCACCUUCAUGACACUUUCAAGAAGGCGACGGUUUCGGUGCGCAACGCGACGGCGCUGCUCGACGGGGUCGUCAGGAACGUGCAGGACCUGAUGCAGAUCCGGGUGGAGCAGGUGCACGACAUUCGCAGAGCUGCCGAGGAAAUAGGGCGUAUCCCACCCCGCGAAAUGCCCAUCGAAGUGCGCGAUCGAAGGUUCCGGACGUACCUGGGCGUCAAGGAUUACGAGACCACACAGGCUCCUCCGCCGCCGGCACCGCCAAAGGAGACCAAGAAGAGCAUCGUUCAGCGCUAUAACGAAUGGCGCUCGGGGACCACCAUGCAGCCCCCCACUACUACCGCAGUGCCCACCCUACCACCCACCACCCUCAAGCCCUGGCUCGUGCACGACGAAUAUUUCCCCGGAGGUAGUCUCGUCAACGAAUCGCUUAGCGCAGUUCACGUCCCUGUCGACGUCAACGAUGGCACCUUACCGAUGGAAAAGGACGAACCCGAGGAGGACCUCGACCAGUACACGAACUCGACUGGCGCCGACGUGCUGCGGGUCAUCAAGAUUACUAGGAGGCUGGAUGACGUCUUCGUCAGCAACAAGGAGAGAGACAGGACCACCUCCUGGCAGUUCUUCGCCCACUACUCCGGCGUCAUGCGCCAAUACCCAGCCUCCAAGUGGGACACGCUUUACCAGAACGACUACUUCGACGCGCGGCUCCGGCCGUGGUACAUGGGCGCGGCCCGGAGCCCCAAGGACGUCAUCAUCCUCAUGGACAACUCGGCCUCCAUCAGCAUGACCGAGCCGUCGCUGCUCACCAACCUGAUAGCACACAUGAUCUUGGACACGCUCGGCCCAGACGACUUCGUGAGCGUGCUGCUGUUCAACCAGACGGUGUACCCACUCGUGCCCGGCCUCGACCACUCGCUCAUCCCGGCAACCUCGGCGUACGUGCGUGAACUUCAGUUUGCAUUGGAAGCCUCCAAACUGCCUGGCUCCAAACUACCCCCAAAGGGAAACGUCUGCCUGCCCAAGGCUCUGAAUACAUCAUUUCAACUCUUGGAAAAGUACCGGCGCCAGUCAUUGGGUGCGGCGUGCAACCAGGCGAUCAUGCUGGUGACGGACAUCGUGCCGGACUUUGAUGAUGCAUGGGAGGGCUGCAACAAGGAGGACCGACCCAAGGUGUACAAGCGAUUCGAGAUCGACAACUCGGGGCGCGCCCGCGUCUUCACCUUCGUUAUCAAGGAGCCGGUACAAGGAGAGGAGUGGGAGGCGCAGAAGCUGGCGUGCGCUAACAUGGGGUGGCACACGAUGAUCUGGAAGUCGGGCGCGCGCGCCACGCUGCAGUACCUGCCCGUCAUGUCGCGGCCGCUGGUGCUGGCGGGCAUGCACCCGGUGCACUGGACGCACAUGUACGCCGACGUGACAGUGCCGGGCAUCUCGGACCAGCUCUGGAUCGAACUGCAGCACGACGAGCAGGUGCGCAGGCUGCAGCCCUUCUGCAUCUACCACUACGCGCUGCACCCGCACAAGAAGUCUCACUACGCCCACAAACCACCGAUCGUCGACAAGGAGCUCGGCAAGCAGGAGGAGUUCGUCAUAACCGUGUCCGUGCCGGUCCGGAACCUCAGCAGGGAAGGGGUGAGUGGCAACCAUGCUCCCCCGUGGUCCAAUACAAUUAGAGAUCAUCAAAAAAAGACACUAAACAUGCAGACGCAAAACGGCGACAUCCUCGGCGUGGCCGGCAUAGACGUCCCAAUCUCCCAGAUCAAACGGCUGAUCCCGCAGCACAAGGUGGGCGUCAACGGGUACAUCUUCAUGGUCACCAACAACGGACUGGUGGUGUUCCACCCGGGGAUGCGCCCGAUGUUCAACGGCAUCCUUAAACCUGGCUACAACAGUGUCGACAUGACCGAGCUGGAACAGGAGGACGUGCCCUUUCUCAGAAACAUGAGCAAGUCCAUGAAAGAGUUGCGCGAACUUAUCGUGAACCAAACAACGGGGUCGGUAGUCCUGUCUAUCAGGCAGGUCUAUGACAACUGGCACCGAGUGUCCCGGUGGAACCGCCGCUACCACUUCCAGGGCGUGCCGGACACGCCGUACAGCAUGGUGAUGGCCGUCCCGGAGGACUACGGCGCAUUCCGCGUCGAAUCGGGCGGCACAGCAGACAAGCUGCCGGGCAUGCUGGCGGCGGAGCGCAACUGGGCGGUGCACCCCGACUGGUCGUACUGCGCGUGCUGCGGGGUGCCGGGGCGCCAGGGGCUACACAACCGCACCGUGUUCGCGCGCGGCCUGCAGCAGGGCCGAGGCAGGUGCGCGCGCUGCGAGGGCGCGGUGGGUGGCGCCUGUGCCGACUCCAGUCUGGGCGCCGCGCUGGCGCAGGACGUGGAGUGGACCAAGCCGUGGUUCGCACAGGUCAGCAGGGACGCUACCGUCGACAAGAGGUGGCAACUAGGCAACGUCUCCAUCGCCUUCAUGGCGACGCACAGCGGGCUGACGCGCUGGGUCACCAUGUCCAAGAACACCGUGGUGCGCGACGACAUCGACCAGCAUGUGCGCCGAAUGGAAGCGUCGCGCGGCCCGGACGAGGUCUGGUACCGGCGGGCCGUCGAGUCCGCCGCGGCAGCUGCCUCCGUGCACCAGCCAGCGUACCAGAUGGACCAGGUGGACCACUGGGUCGUGAGCGUCCCUCUGGUGGACGAGCCUGAGGCGGACGUGUACAGCGA